GUAUUCUGUCGCAGAUACGCCGGUCCAGCAAGUCGACAGGUCGCCCUUGGUGCGGGCAAGUUGUGCUUUCGCAGACCGAGUCGCGGCCGGCCUGGACUUGAUGCCGGCCUCGGUCCCGACAGCAUCUGGUGUGGUUUGCCAACGAAGUUUCGAAUCGAUAUCACCAAAAAAGGAAGCGCCGUUUCUUUUGCGCUUGGCACCGGCGGUUCCCCCCGCCCGGCAGGCAGCCCGCUCUGCUCUCAUCUCAGACUCUCUGUGCCCAUCGCCCAUUCGCAUCUCCACCACCGCCGCCCCGACCUGUCGUCGAUCAAUGCUGGCCCGUUGUGUCCAGCCAUGAUCCAACCCGAACACGAUCGAGACCAACCCGAUCCAGACGAGAUCACCAUUCUCUCCGAUGCCGAUGGAGACCUGCAAGCCCAGGGAGCGGCGCUGCCGUGUCCUCACCUGCGGCUCUACCAGCAUCUGCUCAAUCAAAUCCAGGUCUUGAACGACAAGGUCGAUCGGCUGCUCCAGCGCAUCCCCAUUGACGUCGAUGCCAAUGCCGGCCCGCACAGGCGAUCAUCCAAGCGCCCCAGCAUCAGCUGCGAUACGGAUAGAGAUAUGGAUAUGGACAUUGAUCGGCCAAGCAAGAGGCCGCACACAGCACAUGUGUCGACAGCGAUCGUUGAAGCGAUCGUUGAAGCGGACGAUGAGCAAGACACACUGGUCGAAGGGCCUAUCGCCGACACACAUCUGCCGGCUCCUGCCAGCGGACUGCCAAGCGAGCCACCAGCGUCCAGCCGAUUCAGCUCAUCGGCAGCACCGCAAAAUGCAUCCAAUGAAGACGACCGAUCUGCCCGCCCUGCGGCUCGCCAUCCGAUCGCAUCUCGCCAGCGCUCGUGCUUCUCAUUGACCCCAGAGCAGAUCGAGGAGCGACACAACGCCAUGGCGAUCCCGCACGGAGCCUUGGCCAUGAUCCUGGGCAACAUUCCGUCUCUCGUAGACCAGUUGCGAUUCGCUCGGGCCACGUACUUCCCAGAAGCCCGGAUCUCGCAGAUUCAGGACCGCAUCAACACGGCCCUGAGCAGCGCAGACCAGAAAGGUGCCGUUCCUGUCGACGACUUUGCGCAACUGGUCGAACAUGGCACUCUGAGUGAGCUCCAGAUUCCAAAGACCCUCGCUGGCUUUGUGUGGCCCGAUCAUGCCAUCGACUCGUUCUGCCAGGCUGUUCGAGCCAACCGCUGCAUCCAGGCCGUCACAAUCGGGAGCAUCGACAUGACAUCGGACCAGAGCCGAUACGUUGCACGCAUGCUUCGGUCCAACCUCGGUCUUCGGAAGCUCGCCCUGCCCUUCAACAAACUCGGCGACAAGGGCGCAAAGUACAUCGCCCAGGCCCUCGCGCAUCGACCUCCACGCCAUGCGGCAUCCGCUUCUCUCCCAGGCACUCCAGCCGUGCUGGAAGCCAGUCCCGCCAUCUGCACACUCGUCCAUCUCGACCUGAGCAGCAACUGCAUCGCCGCCGACGGAAUGGAGGCUCUCUUUGGCGUCCUCAAAUCCAACUCGUCCCUCCAAACCUUGGACAUCUCUGGCAACAGAAUCGGCCGCCCUUCCGCAAAGGCAGUUGGCGAGGCCCUGGUGGCCAACGCCACUCUGGUCGAGCUGUGCAUGAACGGCACCGGGAUCGACUGUGUCGGGAUGCAGUAUAUCUCCUUGGCGCUGCGACGGAACCGCACCCUCGAGUGCCUGUCGCUCACAAACAACAAGAUCGGUGACGAGGGAAUGGCGGCCCUGGGCAGGUCUCUCGAGGUCAACACCGCUCUCUCGGAGCUGUACCUGACCGCCAACUCGAUCCACGACAAGGGCAUCGAGCUUCUCUGUGAGGCUCUCGAAGUCAACAGCACGCUGCGAUACCUCGAGAUCGGAUCGAAUCCAUUCUCCGCACCGGGGUUGCGGUAUCUCGCGCUGGUCCUCGAGGCCAAUACCAGCCUGGUGUGGCUCAAGUUGACCCGGAUCCCGCUGGUUUUCGAUGGUCUCAACCAGCUGUGCAUCGUCCUCAAGAACAAGAACAGCACACUGCGUGUUCUCAAUCUCAAGUCCUGCGGGCUGAACGACUACAGCGCCAUGGCGUUGGGAAUCAUGCUCAAGCACAACCGGGGCAUCACCCACCUGAUUCUGGAGAGCAACCAGCUCGGCGACCAGGGGCUGAGUUCGUUGAAGGAGGGGCUGCUACACAACUCGGGGCUCAAGUACUUGUACGUCAAGGACAACCCCUACAUAAGCUCGCGGGCCCUGGACGACCUGCGAAAGUCGCUUGAUGAGCACGGCCGAGACGUUGAAGUCUACGACACCAUUCCUUACUGCAGCCUGAGCGUGGACUGAUUCGACAGCGCCGCGAGUCGAAGGUUGCUGACACAUAUACUGACGCUUGACUGUAAUUCACUUGCACCAUGAAUACAACACCACUCUGCGCACA